AUUUUGUUAACCCCUCCUAUUAUACUGCUAUGCAUUCUGUUUUGAAACCCUAUAGUUAAAUACACAAUUAGCAUGAACAAAUUUAGCAUGCACAAAGCUCCACAUGAACAAACAAAGCGCUGAAGUGCUUUCAUUGACUGUCAGAGGGGAACAGUGGAUUUGACUGAAGAUCUCCUUCGUUUCUGUUCUGCGGUCACGUCGGCACAGAUCCAUUAACAUCAGUUGAAUCGGUGUAAGGAAUGCGGGAAGAGCGAUCGGGAAUUAACGAAAUCCCAACAAAGAGUGAAUGGCGUAUUGUAACAAGUGGAAGAAAGUGAAGCGGAUCGAGGUGUAAUGAGAGGGCAUAUCGUGAGCAGAUGAUGGACGUUGAGACGUCAUAUUCAGAGUUUAUAAACUGUGAUCGUACGGGUCGCAGAAACGCAGUGCCAGACAUUACAGGAGAGGCGGUGGUGGUGGGGACCGGUGAACUUACCAAAGACAUGGCUCAGAUGGACCUGAAACCUGCAGAGGGAGAUGCUUCCGGACCUUCAGCCCCCGAAGCAGAGGCAUCCGGCAGCCAGGACAAUCAGGGAAAAGAGGGUCCAUCGUAAAGAUCAAAAAUGACCUUGAGGAGAGAAAAGCCUGGGAGUUCUCUCCUGCCCUUAUCACAAAUUCUCCUUAUCUUUGCUCAUUAGGCAGCAUUGAAGAGCUCCUCUCAUAGACUGCCUUUAAUGUGGAGGUUAACCUAUUGCCUGCUGUUGAGUGCCUAAGAGACAGGCGACGACACUGCCUUUGCAAACACCGCCACAUGGGAUGGAUCAACUUGAUGAUGAGGGAAUACUGUGAGGUCCAACAGAAGCACAGGAGUUUUGAUAUAUUUCCAUUCUAAACUUUAACUGUUCAGUUUGAACACGAGCUACUGUAUACUAUAUAAAGACUACCAAAUAUAGCCUUUUGUUACAGUUCAACAGCUCAUGGCUGAUUUCUCAAUUUUACUUUUUUUAUUAAACAAUAACCACUACAGUUGAAGCAGGUGUGGGUAUAGGAAGUAAUUCUAAAAUAUUCCCUGAUGAUUUUUGUUUCUAUACUUCAUUAUAUACUGUAAUACACGCAUAAUAUAAUUAACAAUAUUUAUGUAGUAUCUUGAGUUAUUGCUUUCUGCUCGUGGCACUGUUGUGGUUUUUGUCAAACUCCUGAAAAAACACUCGUUGAAACACAUGGCAUUUAUAUUGUGACUAUAAAUGGAAGUACCUCAGAAUAAACCUAAAUAACUA